AUGGUGAUUGUCAAUUUAAUUCCUUUGGUCGAAAAGAAAGAACAAGCUGUCAACGAUAUUUUUGUGCAUGUCACUGAUCCUUCUGAACACGAAACUAUUACUACCUUUGUCCAUUCUUCCUUCCCCAUUCCCCGGGUGUUCUUUGCGGACAAAACUUGCUCAUUUUUACCUUAACAACAAUUAUAUUUUUUUCAUUCAGUGCUUCAAAUCCAACAAUGCUGCUGUGAUGGACUUCAACAAUUUGGUUUUUGCGGCUUGUGUGGGUAAGAUAUGUGUGUGUGUUUUUAGCAGGUUACGUGGGAACUUUAGGGGUUGCGCGGGAUUCUCCAGCAGUCGCGCGGGUUCCUCUUGCGUUGCGCGGGUUCUUCAAACAUUUGCGCGGGUUCUUCAAGCAUUUGCGCGGGUUCUUCAAGCAUUUGCGCGGGUUCUU